AUGGCCACUGUGAUUCAGCGAGAACUCUAUGGCGGUGCCAUUACCAUCAACCUCCCCAGCAAAUUCGGCACCAUCAGCCAUGUGCGUGAAGUGCCAGAUCACCAGGAGGUCUUUGUGAACGUCGACGAAGACCAGAGUGUGAUUGUCGAGAUCCUUGAAUUGGCCGCCGAAGCCUCCGACGAUAACUGUGCCGCAUUCCAUUUCCAACAAUUGGCAGAAGAUAACGAUGCCGAAGAUGCAUCUAUCAUCCAGAGCGUCUCAGUCCUCAACAACGCCGAACUCCCUGCUUGGCCCGCGGAUGCAAAGAUCUACCUCCUGUUGGGCCAACAACGCGUCGCAAAAUUCAACGAGCAACAACGCAUCCAACAACAACACCUCGCCACCGCCGCUUCCAUCUCUUCCUCCACAUCCACCACCACCACCACCACCGACGCUCGUAAUUUGGUCCAAAUCAUGAUGGUAGUCGUCCGCCUCCCCCGGCAGGAUACCGACAUCGUCUUGUCUUAUAACCUGCCCCUACAGAUCUCGGAUUCGAGCUCGUCAAAGCAGGUGGCGCAUGAAGGAAAUGUUUCUGAGGCUGAGGGAUGGUUUAGGGAGGUUGUGGGGUCUUUUACGGUUAGGGAGUGGGGGCUUUUCGGGAACUGA